AUGACCGAGCACAUCAUUUACUACUCCCCCUCCUUCUCCGAGGCCAGCCACAAGGCCACGUUUACGCGCGACCAGAUUAAUGACGCCAUCGGCCACGCGCUCAGCCUGCUCAAGGAAGGAAAGCAGAUUGGCGAGGGCAACUUCCCCCACGCCUACAAGACGUACCCGCUGCCUGCGUCGGCCGGCAAGCACGCCCGCGGGCCCAUCUUUGAGUUCCCCAUCCUGCUGGACGGCAGCCCGUACAAGGGCCGCCACAACCCCGGCCCAGACCGCGUCGUGUUUGGGUCGGUGGCGACAGACUACGGAUCGGCCGACUACGUGGGCAUUGCCGGUGUGGGACCGGAUGGUGCGGGGGCGGCGGCGACGACGACAAAGACGCCCUCCGCCGCGCCAGGCGGCACGCCCGGGUCGUACACGCCGCACAUUUUCCGGGACACGUCGGUGAACCCGGGCGAGGGACACCGCCUCCACCUCCACCACCACAGUCACGACCACGGCCAUGACCACGAUGACGGCAACGAGAGCAAGACGGAGACGCCGCCGCUGACGCCGCCCGAGGAGCGGGAGCUGCUGUCCGAGGCGGAUGUCAAGGUGCCGUUUUCGGAUUAA